AUUUUAAGAUGGCAUACUUCUAGGUUGAAAAUAAAAAUGGCCCAAAUUACAUAUAACAAAAAGUUGUGUACUAAUAAAACCCUGGAUUCCCUCCUUAUUAAGGUGGUUAUCCUCCUCAAUAAGGUGGUUACCCUCCUCCUUAUCAAGGAGGAUAUCCAUAAUAACAAUUUGGAUAUCAACAAUAUCCUCUAAAUUAAUAGAUUGUUGUCAAUUAACCAUAACCAGUUGUUUAGUAAUAAAUGCAAGUGUUUGUUAUUUUAUUCCUAAUUUAGUGUUGUUUAACCAGGAGUAUAGAUAGCAAAUGGAAAUAGCUGUAUGCGUUGUGGACGUCAAUAUACACUUAUUUCAACAAGAAAAGUAGGAGGAUAAACUGUGUUAGCAUUUCUAUUACUUUUACUCAUUUUUUGGCCUUUAUGUUGGCUACCUUUCAUUAUCGAUGAUUGCAAAGACAAGCACUAUCAUUGUUCUUAAUGUAGUUAAUUAAUAUACAAAAAAGAAUUUACAUUAUGCAAUUGA